AUGUCAGGUGGUGAAUUCCAGCUUUUGGCUGGAAACAUCUUGUCAGGGGAUCUUGAGAAUGCCAUGCAAGAGAGAGGUAUGAGGAUUGAGGUGAUCGGAGGCAACCAUACAAAGGCCGCUCUAAUGACAUUGUAUCGGCAAGGAUUACGAAACCCAUAUGUCCAGAUGACAUUAUAUGAAGGCCUGACUGAUGAGGAGGCUCUCAAGGUGGGUCUCCAUCACAAUGAAACCAACCUGAAGGCGAAGCCUAUGUCGUUUUUAGAUAAGGUGGAUGUUAUUGUGAAGCUAAAACAAGACAUCAAAGCUGUGGCAUCAGUUUUUCAGAAGAAGAAUGGUCGUCAGGUGCGAAAUGACUUGGGCGUACAUAUGGCUGUAUCGAGGUGGCCAAACGAGAUUAUUGAACGCUUGCACCAGGCGGACCAAAAAUGGUGUUCAAAGAAGCCACUCUCACAAACCCUUUUGAGAGGGCUUAUAAAACACAGUGAAAUGAGGAAGUAUAUGGACAAGGGAACAGAGAUUUUAGUUCAAGAAGGGGUUCAAGCUUUUAAGGAAAAAAUGAAUCAGUGGAUGCAAGUGGAAGGAGUUGGGCAUUUCAGGAAUAAGAAGCCAACAGAAGCAAAAGGAAAAACAACUGUGAAAGAAACAGUGAAAGAAACAAAUGAGAAAGAGCAUUCUGUGAAGCAAAAUUACCAAGUUGGAGAUGUAGUAAUGGCUAAAUGGAAAGACGGCAGAAAGUAUGAUGCAGUGAUCAAGAGAGUUGAAAUAAUUUACCAUGUGCAGUAUUUAGAAGACAAUGUUCAAAGGAAAGUGAGUGAAACUGAUAUAGAAGAAAAGGAUAUACAGUAAAAAGUAUAUGGAGAUCUGUCCUACUUGCCCCGGCGUCGGCGUCUGUGUUCAGAUUUCAGAUUAAAGUUUUGUUGCAGUAAAAUAUUUUUCAAUAUAACUUUGUCACUUCUUAAGGUAUCAACAUCAAACUUCAAAUAUAUGUUCCUUAUCAUCUACCGCAUCUUAUGUGACAAGGUUCAUAACUCUAGCACCAAUAGCUUCAGAUUUAUCUCCCCUUGAACUUAGAAUUUUCCUUAAAAAAUACUAUUUUUUACUGUUACUUCUUAAGGGAUAUACUUCAUACUUUAAAUGUAUGUUCCUCAGCAUCAACCACAUCUUAUGUGACAAGGUUCAUAACUCUAGCACCAAUAUUUUGAGAUUUAUCUCCCCUUGAACUUAAAAUUUUCCUUAAAAAAUACUAUUUUUUACUGUUACUUCUUUAUUUCUUAAGGGAUCAACUUCAUACUUCAAAUAUAUGUACCUUAUAAUUAACCACAUGUUACGUGACAAGGUUCAUAACUCUAGCACCAAUAUUGCAAGAAUUAUCUCCCCAUAAACUUAGAUUUUUUUUACUUGAAAAAUGUUACUUUUUACUAUAAAUUUUUUAAUUUUAAAGGUAUCUACCCAAACUUCAAAUACUUAUUCCUUACCAUCAAUUACAUUUUAUGUGACAAGGUUCAUAACUCUCGAAGCAAUAUUUACAGAUUCAUCUCUCUUAGAACUUAUAAUUGGUUUAAGUUACAUGAAAAGACAGACUUGUCCUUCUUUUGUUUUAUUCUUGUACUGUUUUAGUUUUAGUGUUUAUGAAAAGGAGGAUUAGUCCUAUUAUCAAUGAAUAAGUUGUCCUUUUGUUUUUCUAAAGACUUCUUCUAAAAAAGGAUAGUAUUUGGUUUGAAUUAGAUUAAAAGAGGCGGACUAGUCCUCCUUUUCAUAAUUUAACUGUUUGCAUUUGAUUAUUUUAUGAAGGUGGAUUGGUCCGUCAUUUUAUUUCUAAAGACUCCUUGAUCUUUAGUUUGAGUUUCUUUAAAUAAGGCAGACUAGUGCUCCUUUUCGUUUCGUAAAUAAAGUGGAUUAGUCUGUCAUUUAAGGUUAUGUUUUAUAUUGAAAAAAUAGAUAGUAUUUGAUUUGAGUUUGACUGCAAAAAGCGGACUAAUCCUCCUUUUUGUUUAAUAAUUUAAAUGUUCAGUUUUGAUUAUUGUUAGAAGGUGGAUUAGUCCGUCAUUUCAGUUAUUUUUUUUCUGAAGACUCCUUAAAUAAAAUGAAUAGUAUUUGAUUUGAGUGACUAGUCCUCCUUUUUAUUUCGUAAUUGAACUUGUUAGUUUUGAUUAUGGUAAAAAGGUUGACUAGUCCGUCAUUUUAGUUAACGUUUUCAAAAGACACAUUGAAAAAAAUGCAUAAAUGCAUAAUUAAACUGUUUAUUUUUUUAUAAUUGUUUUAAGGUGGAUAAGUCAGUCAUUUCAGUGAACAUUUUCUUAAGACUCCUUAAUCUCUAGCUUGAGUUAACUGAAAAAGGCGGACUAAUCCUCCUUCAUGUUUUACAAUUGAAUUUUUGUUUUGUUUUGAUUAUUGUAUAAAUGUGGCUGUGUCAUUUCAUUUAAUGGUUUCUGUAGACUCCUUGAUCUUUAUCUUGAGUUUCACUGAAAAAGGCGGACUAAUCCUCCUUCAUGCUUUUUAAUCUAAUUUUUUUUUUGAAUAUUGUAUGUAGGUGAAUUAGUCCGUCAUUUCAGUUAGACUCAUUGAUGUUUAUUUUGAGUUUCACUGAAAAGGCGAACUUAUCCUCCUUCAUGUUUUACAAUUGAUUUGUUUUGUUUUGAUUACUGCAUAAAGGUUAAUUAGUCCGUCAUUUCAUUUAAUGAUUUCUGUAGACUCCUUGAUCUUUAUUUUGAGUUUCACUGAAAAAGGCGGACUAAUCCUCCUUCAUGCUUUUUAAUUAAAUUUUGUUUUUGAUUAUUGUAUGAAGGUGAAUUAGUCCGUCAUUUCAGUGAAUGAUUUCUAAAGACUCAUUGAUGUUUAUUUUGAGUUUCACUGAAAAAGGUGGACUAAUCCUCCUUCAUGUUUUCUUAUUGAGUUUAUUUUUGUUUUGAUUAUUGUAUAAAGGUGGAUUAGUCCGUCAUUUCAGUUAAUGAUUUCUAAAGACUCUUGAUCUUUAUUUUGAGUUUCACUGAAAAAGGCGGACUAAUCCGCCUUCAUAUUUGAUAAUUGAGUUGUUCAGUUUUGGUUAUAGAGUUUAAUUGGAGAAGGCGGACUAAUCCUCCUUCAUGUUUGAUAAUUGAGUUGUUCAGUUUUAGUUAUUGAGUUUAAUUGAAAAAGGCGGACUAAUCCUCCUUGCGUUUUUUAGUUUGAUUAAAGUUUGAUUAGUCCGUCAUUCCAGUAAAUGAUUUCUAAAGACUCUUGAUCUUUAUUUUUAAUUUCAUUGAAAAAGGCGGACUAAUCCUACUUCAUGUUUUAUAAUUGAGUUGUUUAGUUUUGGUUAUUGUAUAAAGUUGGAUUAGUCUGUCCUAUCAGUUUAUGUUUGAAAAAUGCAAAGUAUUUGUUUUGACUUAGAUUGAAAAAGGCGGACUAAUCCUCCUUUUUGUUUUUAUAGUUUUUAGUUUUUUUAUUUAUUGUAUAUAUUAAGGUGGAUUAGUCCGCCUUUUGAGUUAACAUUUUCUAAAGAUUAAUUGAGAAAUAUUACGUCUUUGGUUGAGGUUACAUUGAAUGAGGCGGACUAGUCCUCCUUCAUGUGUUAAAAUUGAACAUUUUAGUUUUGAUAAUUGUGUAAAGGUGGAUUAGUCCGCCAUUUCAAUUAAUGAUUUCUAAAGACUCUUGAUCUUUAUUUUGAGUUUCACUAAAAAAGGCGGACUAAUCCUCCUUCAUGUUUGAUAAUUGAGUUGUUCAGUUUUGGUUAUAGAGUUAAAUUGAAAAAGGCGGACUAAUCCUCCUUCAUGUUUUAUAUUUGAGUUGUUUAGUUUUGGUUAUUGUAUAAAGUUGGAUUAGUGUGUCCUAUCAGUUUAUGUUUGAAAAAUGCAAAGUAUUUGUUUUCACUUAGAUUGAAAAAGGCGGACUAAUCCUCCUUUUUGUUUUUAUAGUUUUUAGUUUUUUAUUUAUUGUAUAUAUUAAGGUGGAUUAGUCCGCCUUUUGAGUUAACAUUUUCUAAAGAUUAAUUGAGAAAUAUUACGUCUUUGGUUGAGGUUACAUUGAAUGAGGCGGACUAGUCCUCCUUCAUGUGUUUAAAUUGAACAUUUUAAUUUUGAUAAUUGUGUAAAGGUGGAUUAGUCCGCCAUUUCAAUUAAUGAUUUCUAAAGACUCUUGAUCUUUAUUUUGAGUUUCACUAAAAAAGGCGGACUAAUCCUCCUUCAUGUCUGAUAAUUGAGUUGUUCAGUUUUGGUUAUAGAGUUAAAUUGAAAAAGGCGGACUAAUCCUCCUUCAUGUUUUAUAAUUGAGUUGUUCAGUUUUGGUUAUUGUAUAAAGUUGGAUUAGUCUGUCCUAUCAGUUUAUGUUUGAAAAAUGCAAAGUAUUUGUUUUGACUUAGAUUGAAAAAGGCGGACUAAUCCUCCUUUUUGUUUUUAUAGUUUUUAGUUUUUUUAUUUAUUGUAUGUAUAAAGGUGGAUUAGUCCGCCUUUUGAGUUAACAUUUUCUAAAGAUUAAUUGAGAAAUAUUACGUCUUUGGUUGAGGUUACAUUGAAUGAGGCGGACUAGUCCUCCUUCAUGUGUUUAAAUUGAACAUUUUAGUUUUGAUAAUUGUGUAAAGGUGGAUUAGUCCGCCAUUUCAAUUAAUGAUUUCUAAAGACUCUUGAUCUUUAUUUUGAGUUUCACUAAAAAAGGCGGACUAAUCCUCCUUCAUGUUUGAUAAUUGAGUUGUUCAGUUUUGGUUAUAGAGUUAAAUUGAAAAAGGCGGACUAAUCCUCCUUCAUGUUUUAUAAUUGAGUUGUUCAGUUUUGGUUAUUGUAUAAAGUUGGAUUAGUCUGUCCUAUCAGUUUAUGUUUGAAAAAUGCAAAGUAUUUGUUUUGACUUAGAUUGAAAAAGGCGGACUAAUCCUCCUUUUUGUUUUUAUAGUUUUUAGUUUUUUAUUUAUUGUAUGUAUAAAGGUGGAUUAGUCCGCCUUUUGAGUUAACAUUUUCUAAAGAUUAAUUGAGAAAUAUUACGUCUUUGGUUGAGGUUACAUUGAAUGAGGCGGACUAGUCCUCCUUCAUGUGUUAUAAUUGAACAUUUUAGUUUUGAUAAUUGUGUAAAGGUGGAUUAGUCCGCCAUUUCAAUUACUUUUUUCUAAAGACACCUUGAAAAAAUACUUAGUCUUUGGUUUGAAGUACAUUGAAAUAGGCGGAUUAGUCCUCCUUUGUUUUAUUUUGCUAUAAGAUCUUUGUUAAAAUACAUGUUUUGCAACUUAGGGUGGAUUAAUCCUCCUUUUACUGGUUUGGAAUUAUUUGUAAUAAAAUUUAAACUCGAUUUCAUGUGUUUUCCUUUUUAUUACUUCAACAAUCCAAGCCCUUAUUUCAACGUUUUGUUGCAAUUUUGAUUAUUUCAAAAACAGUCCUCC